AUGAGAAAAGUGAAUAAUAUAGAAAUAGAAGAGGUAGAUAAUAUAGAAACAGGAAAAGUGGAUAAUAUAGAAGUGGAAAAAGUGGAUAAUAUAGAAGUGGAAAAAGUAAGUAAUAUAGAAGUGAGUAAUAAUAGAGAAGUAGAAAUGGAAAAAGUGAAUAAUAUAGAAGUGAAAAAAGUGAGUAAUAUAAAAGUGGGUAAUAAUAGAAAAGUGGGUAAUAUAGAAAUGGAAAAAGUAGAUAAUAGAAGUGAAAAAAAAAUAGAAGAGGUGAGUAAUAUAGAAAUGGGAGAAGUGGAUAAUAUAGAAGUGGAAAAUAUAGAAAUAGAAAAAGUAUAUAAUAUAGAAAUAGAAAAAGUAGAUAAUAUAAAAGUAGAAAAAGUGGACAAUUUCAAUAAUAUAAAAAUUGAUAAUGCUAAAUUAAUUCAAAACCUUCACAAUAAUUCAAACUUAAAUACUACAAGAAAGAGUUAUCCUGUAGCUCUUUCUAAACAAAAAGAUAUGCCAGAUGUCAAUAAUAAUAAAAGACAAAAGCAUAUUGGUUUAGGUGCCAAAGUUCCAAUUCCAAAUCAAUAA